GAUCCCCGCCAGCGCCAUUCGCAUCAAUCGAUGGAGCUGGAGCGAUCAAUCGACGGAGAGGAGGAGCAAGGGUUUCUCUUUUUUUCCUUCGGUUACACUUAAAGGUCUGGGCUUCACGAGAUAAGAGACGGGAAGAACAGUGGAUCCCUGGUAGCCGAUUGGUACGUAGAUUCGAUGGCAUUGCUGAGUUUAAGUCUCAGAUCUCCUCGCCCGAGCUGCCAUCCUCCAGAGAAAUGGAAGAGAAAUACCUGCGAGCCUGGAAAUCGAAGUGGAACUGGUCGUGUUCUUCUCUCGAGACUUGGUGGUGGUGGAGGACUGGACAUCCAGAGUAACUUACUUGCGCUCUCGGGAAGAAAUCGUCGUCUCGUUCUCGUGCGAAGAUCCUCGAGCACCGAAGGACACAACAGUGGAGAAGGGAGAGCUUCUUCUCUGGCACUCACGCAGGUGGCUCAUCUGGGAGUGUCACUGGGAAUUUUCCUGGGACUGGAUAAGCUACUCAAGAAACUCUUCGUUUCAGCGUCGAUAAAGUUUCCAAGUGCGUUGUUUGGGAUGUUUUGCAUCUUCGUCAUCCUCAACGUUUUGGACGCGGCAUCACCCGACUCGGCUGCGUCGGUGGUCUCCUUUUUUUCUCCAGCGAUCACGUUCAUACAAAGAUGGCUGCCACUUUUUUAUGUGCCUUCCUUGGUCGUCAUUCCACUUGCAACCAAAGGUAUUCCUGCGUCCGCUGGUGCAAAGAUUGGUGCCAUUCUCGUUUUUGGAUGGGCUGCAACUUUGGCUGUGGCGGGAUACACUGCGGUGGCUGUCAGGGGAAUCGUUCGAACCAAGCUAGAGCCCACGGAGCCGACUCCAAAGCCUGCUCCAUUCACAACGAAAGAGAUAACAGCCUGGUCCAUCGUGUUUGUAUUGUCGUUUGGUCUAGCGGUUUUGUCUCCCGGGGCUCUUGGAUCAUUUCCAGCAACAGCGCUGCCUUUUCUACUUGCAGCAACUGUUCUCGGAUAUAUGCUGGGCUCAAGCUUCCCAGCGGAUCUUAAGAAGGUGCUCCAUCCGAUUGUGUGCUGUGCUAUAGCUGCAGACCUGGCCGCGUUCUUGCUCGGCCUUUUCACGCAAAGAGGAUUCGAAUCAAUACUAGGAGCUUAUUUGACAAAGAAUCCUAGGGAUCCUGGUGCCGGUGACUUGCUCAUGGGAUUUCUUGGUUCGGUGAUUCUCUCUUUCUCGUUCUCGAUGUUUCGUCAAAGAAAGCUUGUCAAGAGGCACGCCGCGGAGAUUUUUUCAGCAGUUAUUGCAUCGUCGCUUUUUUCUCUGUAUUCCACCGCAGCAGCUGGACGAGUCCUCGGCCUGGACGGACAAUUCACUCGAGCUAUAGUACCGAGAUGUGUUACUGUUGCUUUAGCGCUGCCAAUCUCGUCUCUACUCGAAGCUCAAAAUCAAUCGUUGACAGCAGCAGUUGUGGUGUUGACCGGUCUUGUCGGAGCAAACUUCGCGCAGACAUUAAUGGAUAAGCUCGAACUGGACGACCCGAUUGCUAGAGGGAUGGCUACAGCUUCCAGUGCUCAUGGAUUAGGCACUGCAGCGCUAUCCGCAAAAGAACCCGAGGCACUACCGUUUUGUGCGAUAGCUUAUGCUCUCACGGGAAUAAUCUCGUCGGUGGUGGCCGCAGUUCCCGUUGUCCAGCAAAGCCUCGUCGCUCUGGCCGGUUAGUUGCCAAUGGAGAAAAAGGAACAGGCAAUAGAAAGAAAAAAGAAACAAACUUCUCAGAGAGAGCUUUCGCUUUUUCCUCCCAUUGGUCUUGCACGAAAAUCUCCCAGAUGAACGCAGCAACUUUGGGGUGGAAGUAUUUGUUUAUCCAAGUCAAAAAAGCAGCUACCACAAAUGGAGCACCGGAAUUAAAUCUGGACCAUCAUGAACAGCCGCUAAACGAAAGAGAAAAGCGGAGUUUAUUCGCUGGGAGAAAGAAGAUUAAAUUAUUUCUCCUUGGCGACGAGACGAUGCAAGUUCUCCUACGAACACAAUCAUUGUUUCAAUGCGAGGUUCUUCUUCUUUCUUCCUCAUCUUCGUCUAAAAAUUUGUUUUUCCUUUCGUUUUUUUAUAUCUUUUUCUCUCUGCGAAGGAAAGAAGCUUCGCUUCAAUCAUUCCUGAGAAGCAAAAGCCGCAGGGAAUAAAGUAAUCGACGCUUCUUCUUCUUGUUUGCUCGCGCUUUUCCGGUUUUCGGCUAUAAUCGCUGGUCCCUCGCGAUGACGACGCUGCUGGGUCAUGACGCUCGUCCUCGGAUCCAAGAAAACGAGGCGAGCGCAAAGAAAAACCAUGCAAGGUUUUUAUAUCAAUCAUCCACCACCACUGACCAGCGCAAAAGGAAGAGGUAUGUAUAUAUAGCAACUGGAGAAAGUGAAGGAAUACACAAGCUCCUCCCCACCACCUAUGGCGAGGGGAGAGUUUUUAUUUCCUGGAGGGAUUUCGGAAGAAUCAAACGAUCAAUCAGAUCGGAGUUGGAUCAGUCCAGACUGGAAAGAGGCAUUGCAUUGAUCGCCAUGCACAGAAAUGCGAGCAGCGAGCGAGCAGAGACUCCAGGAAUCAGAGGUAGCAGCAGCGAUCAUAAGAUAUCAUUUUUCAUCGUGCCUUGAAAGGAGGAGCGAGUAAAUAAGUAAGCUAUCACUCCUUUUGCUUCCAUCUUCUUCGUUCUUCGUCUCACUCACACAAGGCACGGCUUUGGCAGAGAGGCAAAGGAGAGGGGCUAGCUUCUGGUCCGCCAUGGCUGGGCGAGAAAAACGUUCUGCCCAUCUAUCAGCCAUCGAUCGAGAUAUCUCCGCCGCUGCUGCCUCUGCAACAGGAUCGAUUGUUAAAUCGAUUGAAAGGACUGCGAGCGCGAGCUUCGCUACACGGAAAAACUUACGAGGUAAAAGUACCCAUUUUGGAUUACUAGGACGAACCAGCGAGUUUAGCGCAGCAUUGUCUUCGCAUCGCAUCGAGUUGAGUUGAGCCGAGAGUGGACAUUUCAUCUCAAAGUUAGCAGCUACUUACACCGAUCGGAUCAUAAAACUCGAGACACGAACAAAAGCAGGCUAGAACAGCGAUUUAAAUGAGACGCCGACAUGCCUGAUCGAGCCUGAAUGGGGGAUCCGCGAAGCAAACUUCUAAAAAAAAUAAAAAAUCUCUACCAAAUC